AUGGAACAGUUGCCUCCUGUGUGCACCCCAACCAGGGAUCAGACCCACGACCCCGUUACUGAUGGUGUCUCCUCUCCCCCCUCCACCCCCCAGGUGAUCCGCACCGACACCUUCAAGCACCUCCGCCACCUGGAGAUCCUGCAGCUGAGCAAGAACCUGGUACGCAAGAUCGAGGUGGGCGCCUUCAACGGGCUGCCCAGCCUGAACACGCUGGAGCUGUUCGACAACCGGCUGACCACGGUGCCCACGCAGGCCUUCGAGUACCUGUCCAAGCUGCGGGAGCUGUGGCUGCGUAACAACCCCAUCGAGAGCAUCCCGUCCUACGCCUUCAACCGCGUGCCCUCGCUGCGGCGCCUGGACCUGGGCGAGCUCAAGCGGCUGGAGUACAUCUCGGAGGCGGCCUUCGAGGGCCUGGUCAACCUGCGCUACCUCAACCUGGGCAUGUGCAACCUCAAGGACAUCCCCAACCUGACGGCCCUGGUGCGGUUGGAGGAGCUGGAGCUGUCGGGCAACCGGCUGGACCUCAUCCGCCCGGGCUCCUUCCAGGGCCUCACCAGCCUGCGCAAGCUGUGGCUCAUGCACGCCCAGGUGGCCACCAUCGAGCGCAACGCCUUCGACGACCUCAAGUCGCUGGAGGAGCUCAACCUGUCCCACAACAACCUGAUGUCGCUGCCCCACGACCUCUUCACGCCCCUGCACCGCCUCGAGCGCGUGCACCUCAACCACAACCCCUGGCACUGCAACUGCGACGUGCUCUGGCUCAGCUGGUGGCUCAAGGAGACGGUGCCCAGCAACACCACCUGCUGCGCGCGCUGCCACGCGCCCGCCGGCCUCAAGGGGCGCUACAUCGGCGAGCUGGACCAGUCGCACUUCACCUGCUACGCGCCCGUCAUCGUGGAGCCGCCCACGGACCUCAACGUGACCGAGGGCAUGGCCGCCGAGCUCAAGUGCCGCACGGGCACCUCCAUGACCUCGGUCAACUGGCUGACGCCCAACGGCACCCUCAUGACGCACGGCUCCUACCGCGUGCGCAUCUCCGUGCUGCACGACGGCACCCUCAACUUCACCAACGUCACGGUGCAGGACACGGGCCAGUACACGUGCAUGGUGACG